GACAUUUCGGGAGCCACGGCCGUUCCGUGUACUUCGAGGGUGCUCUCUCGCAUCUACCGGAUAUUUCUCAUUCCCGCGUGAAUCGGGCCCAAGUGACUCAAAACAACUCCAAGUAAAAUUAAAGAUAGACUCUUUCGUUUUAAAUAAUCAGUUGUAUCAAUCAUUGAGUAACACAGUUUUUUUUUGUAAUCAAGUUUUGAAAAGUGUACAAGUUCGGGGACUUACGAAGUGAUAUGACCUUAGUGAAGACCGAAGACAACUCAGUUCUCCCAAUAAUGCUGACCGUACAGCAACCACAACACCUCCGUCAAUUUGGACACCACGUCCCAACAACUGGACCUAAUCAGAUCCACAGAAGCAACGUGAUCGUCUCCACCGGAGGCCUCACGACAACGAACGACAUCAAGGUUGCUCUCCACCAGCAACAGAGUUGCAAAAGGUCCAAGAUGUACCAAACAACUCCCUAUGGGACCGUCCCCCAUCAACCUGCCUCUGUUGCUAGAAGAAACGCCAGGGAACGCAACAGGGUUAAACAAGUCAACAACGGAUUUGCGACCUUGAGACAACAUAUUCCCCAGAGUGUGGCUCAGGCCCUUGGUGGAAAUACUGCUGGUACUCAUGGAGGUUCUAGAGCCGGGAGUAAGAAACUCUCCAAGGUGGAAACUUUAAGGAUGGCUGUGGAAUAUAUCCGGAGUCUUCAGCAACUUCUUGAUGAUCAUGAUGGAUCUGACAUCACUUCUCCCUCCUCGACCUCUUCCACGAGUUCGAUCUCCAGGUCUGGACAAUGUGAGGCUGAUCAUUCUGUGGAAUUGAGACUUCAUUCAAGUGAUGUUGGCAGUGACCUUGGACAUCAGAAACACCACCUCCAUCAUAUGAGACAGAACCCUAGCCCUGGAUUUGCACCAACACCCUGUUCGGAAGCCUCUAGUUCGCCGACUCCCAGUUUUGUUUCCGAGGCCUCAUCAGCUGGAAGUCAAGGCUAUGGAACCAGUUCUGCGGGGACCUUGUAUACGACACACAAUGACACCUAUGACAUUUAUGAACCAACGAGUCCAGAAGACGAGGAACUGCUGGAUUGCAUUUCCUGGUGGCAGCAGAGCCAAGGAUAAUCCGGAAGUCGUGGGAGAUGUACUUCCGUUUCUCUCAAGAUUCUCUGAAAGAGAGGAAACCUUCAUCGGCUGUUCCACCAACUGUGAUCUAGUCAUUCCCUCGGGAGCAAAAAUCGUACCGACGGUGAAAAUUCAAAUCUUUUUUCUUUUUUUUUUGUAAAUUGUCUAGAGGAGAAAAAAAUGCGAAUGUAAAAAUUGUUAUGUUAGAAAGAGCUAGAGAAAAUGGGGCGAUUAUGUAUUUGUGUAGAUAGAUUGUGAAGCAUAUAUACGUAUAUAUAUUAUAUAUUUUAUAUAUUCCGAAAGUGCCUUGUAAGAAUUAAGAGCGCUGCAGGAAGCUGAGCGACUUUUUUCGUGCACACGUGAAAUUAGUGUGAGAGGAGAUGGAAUAUACGAGUCUUUCAUCGAAAUUUCGAGUGCCAGUGCCUUUUGUAAAUAUUGAGUAAGAAUUCGUUAAAUAUAUGAGUUUUAUAAUUAUACAUUAA